AUGCCAAAAGAACUUGCACCAGCUAAAAUCGAAACAACAAUCCAUCUCCAAAAGGCUGUUCAUGGCACAACACGCAGAUUCCGCGCUGAGAGAGCCAUCAAGGUUAUCGCCGCUGCUGCUAAGAAGAUGAUGCACACAGAUGUUGUUAAGAUCGACCCAGAGCUUAACUCCCGCAUCUGGAUCCACGGCAAGAACUGCCCACCAACCCGCGUUCGCGUUGUUUUCGAGCGCAAGGCUGACGAGGAAGAUGCUGAGAAGAUGGUCACAAUCGCUUCCUACAAGAAUGUUGCUACAUUCAAUGGCCUCCAGACAACAAAGGUUGUUGAUCAGUAA